GGAUCGGGGUGCCAUAGAAGCUAUGUGUAAGGAGAGAGAGCAUUGAAACAGGGACUUCCCUAAGCCUCCAUCAUCUGCAGGGAGGGAAGAAAACACACUCACACACACACACACACACACACACACUGCCUCCCACAUACACACUCACUUGCUGUGCGGAAAGCGGGUGAGGGGCUUUAAACGGCUUCAAGACAAAGGGACUGUAACCUGCCACAAUGGAGGAAAACAUGGAUGAAUCGCAAAGCCAGAAAGGGUGCAAGGAGUGCUGUGAUAGAUGUGUGGGCAGUCUGCCCUGGGCCUCCCUCAUCGCCACCAUCCUUCUGUACAUGGGUGUGGCUCUGUUCUGUGGCUGUGGCCAUGAGGCCUUGAGUGGAACCGUCACCAUUAUGCAGAACUACUUUGAGAUCAUCAAAGCCCCAGGAGACACCUUGGACGUUUUCACCAUCAUUGACAUUCUGAAGUACAUCAUCUAUGGUCUGGCUGCUGGAUUCUUUGUGUUUGGAGUGCUGUUGCUUGUGGAGGGAUUCUUCACCACUGGUGCUAUCCGAGACCUAUACGGAGAGUUUAAGAUCUCUGCUUGUGGACGCUGCCUAACUGCUUUUCUGAUGUUCCUGGCUUACCUGUUCUUCUUAGUCUGGCUUGGAGUGACAGCCUUCACUAGCCUGCCUGUUUUCAUCUACUUCAAUGUGUGGACCAUGUGCCAGAACACCAGCGUGGUGGAGGGAGCGAACAUCUGUCUGGAUCUGCGCCAGUUUGGCGCUGUGACCUUCACUGAGGAGAAAAAGGUGUGUACAGGAUCCGAGAAGUUCUUCAAGAUGUGUGAAUCCAAUGAGUUGGACCUGACCUUCCAUCUGUUUGUGUGCGCUCUAGCUGGAGCCGGAGCAGCUGUGAUCGCCAUGGUUCACUUUCUGAUGGCUCUGGCUGCUAACUGGGGCUACCUGAAGGACGCCAGCCGGAUGCAAAAAUACGAAGACAUAAAGUCAAAGGAGGAGCAGGAGCUGCAUGACAUCCACUCCACUCGCUCCAAAGAACGCCUCAAUGCUUACACAUAAACACUCUUCACACGAAACAACACACACUUCACUUGUCGGACACACAGAAGACACAAACACACAAACUUACAUACACCGCCUGACAUAAGCACAAGGAUAGCCGAGGCAUACUCACUGACAUCUAUACCAUAGACAUAAGCGGGCAGAGACAGAAAUGAGGAAAACCGAUACCGAUAUCGCACAGUUGUCAGCUAAGGAGCGUUCACUCAGGUGUGCCAGGCUAACAGUUAUUUUUAUCUGUUGAAAAAAUUGACUCAUUGGUGUAAUGACCCUCUUUUCGGAGGUUUCGAUAUUUAUCACAGAUCACUUUAUUUUAAUGGCAGAUGUUAAAGCUCCAAGGAAAGUUAAUGGUAAUCAUGUGCAUGACGGAACCAGGACAACCAAAGGUCAACCAAAAACUCUGAUGAUGAUCACAAAGGACAUUUGUUAUCGUGCAACCAGCUUGCACUAUUGAACAAUUGUUUGCAUAAACCGUUAGCUAGGCAAACAAGAGCUAACCAUCUUUAGCAGGCAAUAGCAGUGUCUUUGUUUCCCACAGGAGUCACUGCCUUCACUAUCCCUCGUUCCCAUACCUCGUUCCACCCUGUUAAGUUUACACACAUCACACACACACACACACACACACAUCCUAACAACAAUAAUAAUAACAAUGAAAAAACACACAAAAAAACAAAAACACUUCUUCACACUGCAAUCCACCCGCAUCGAUGUGACUGAAUGGUCAGUGUUGUGCAGGCAGUGUUGUAUGGUGGUGUCAUGCUGUGUCGUGUUGUUUCACCACUUUGUGAUGGUUGGUACUGUGAAGAAUUAUGGUCCCAGAGGAAGUUCGUACAUACAAAUGGGUGCAAACGUGUAGCUUUGCUAACUUCUCCUCUCCACCCGUCCUUCUGUCCUCCUCAGUUUGGUGCCUAGUUGGAAUAACUGUGACAUCAACUGUGCAUGCCACUCUGGCAGGAUAUGGGAGUCCAAAUACCAUUAAAUUACAGUAAUUGGACGAGCAAAAUAUUGCCAUGUGAAAUCGUCCAUCGUGUACACUGGCAUAUGUGAGUCUUUCGACAUUCUGAAUAAUUCAUUGGUGUUUUUUUCAACUGGCUGUGAUGGAAGCUAAUGAAACAAGGCUGCGGAGUAUCUUUCUCUUCACCCUACUCAUUUGUUGGACUGUAUGGAUUUCCCUCAGAUACUGCAGUCUUUUAAAAAUGUUUUUUUCUCAUUGUAUUGUUCAUGUAUAAUUUUAGCAUCAGCGGUCUCUUGUAUGAUGGGAUGGGGGGUUAUCACUUUUGGAAACACACAAGCAUACACUUGCACAUACUUUUCAUCUAUUAGUUAUUUACCUCAUGUGACCAGAUUGAAUUGUGAAGUGAUCGUACGUGAUGGUUGGGGAACUGUGAAUGGUGAAAGCUGCAGAGUUGGUGAAUCCUGAAAGUUACUUUGAAGGGCCACAAAAAUGUUUACAUCUUUUGGUUGUCUUUCUUGUGGAGUGAUGGUGCAAUGCUGUCAAAUCAGCACAACCUUCCACUAUAAUAGGCCAGUUUAAACAUUUCAUGUAGAUGAUCAGUGUUGUUUUUUUUUUUUUUAAUUUUUUUCAAAUGCUUUUAUAUACUGCAGUAAACUUUUACUAAACCUUUUAGAUGGUUGAUCAAUUGGCCUCAGCUUUGAUAUAUAAAGGCAUAUAAAUGUCAUCAUUGCAAUAAACAUGAUACUGUGAGGAAAAAACAAUACUCUAUUUUUAACAUAUUCUAAGAACGCUAGCUCAAUAAAGCUGUUAAUGAAGAAAUCUGGGACUCAAACUGUCACAGGUGUUGAACAUCUCUUUUUGGCUUGACCGCAGAAACUGACAGGGGCCUGCUGUGUUGCUCUAGAGCAAAGUCACUCUCUAUCAGCCAGUAGAGAUCAUGAAGAGAUGAUGAUGUUGAUGAUCAUUUUGGAAAAUCAGGUACAAAUGAAGAAUGCUGAGGACUUGUUAGCUCACAAAUUCUCUCUCGCUCUCUCUUUCACACACACACACAAGUACACACACAUCAUAAACAUACCCAGUAUCAUCACUCUGAGCCAUACUUCCUUUCACCAAUUACAUUCCACUAUUUUAUUAACUUUUAAUCUAUGAAACUUUUAAAUGUGAAAUCAUUAAUAUAAAGAAAAAAAAAACAGGUUUUCUUUUCUUAUUUUGUGGCCAGUGAACACUGUACCUAUAUCUGCUCUGUACAAAGAUAUACAUAUACUGUAUGUUAAAUGGGUGAGGAGAGCAGCCCAUGGUUAAUGUGAACCAGAGUCCGGUGGAACCACACGUCUCAUGCUCUGUUGCAGAAAUAUCAGACGGACAACACUGACCAUGAAAUGACCAUGGUCGCUGGACAGCUCUUCAAUAAGCUCCUAAAACACUGUAGUGUCAUCUCAGUGGCUCUGAAACAUGGACGUGAAUUCUUCCAGACUCUGGUUGAGGGGCUUGGCUGUCUAUAGUCAGUAUUUUAAGGUUCUAGUUAUUAAGUAAUGACAGUAUUCUAUCAUUUCAUUGCCUGACAAUGGAUGUCACGUCAGUGUUUAAACCUCUGAUAAAAAAGAAAGAAAAACAGUUUGUGCACUCAAUGACAAUUGUGAGCUCUCUCUUUCUCUUAUUUUUGGUGUGUAAGUGCAUUGAUCUCCAUGGUGGCUGAAUCUGUGUAUAAUCUCGCAACAUUGAUUAUAAACUGAAACAACAUUGAUGAAAAUUACUGAAUUCAUAUUAAGAAAAUGAAAUCUCGUACUAGAACUUAAAAAAAAGACUAGUUGUUGUUUGUGGCAUGGUUAUGCAUUCAAUGCUCAUCCUUCAAAAGAUGAAAAAAACACAAAAAAAUAUAUAUUUUCCACUGGCACUGUUCUGCUGUUUAUGUUUUGUUCAUCACUUUUGUGUGCAGUAUUGCUCUUCCUGUUGCUUAUAAUGUUGCUACGCUGGCAUGUUUGCUCAGUUGUCUACCACCAGUUUGACAAAUUCACAAGUAAGAAAUCUGAUUAACCAUCUUUGGCAUACAAGUGCAUGAAUCUAAAAUGAUUUGAUCAAAGUGUUCUUUAUUGUUUAUCCUAAUAAAACAGAUUUGCAGAUA